AUGCACUACAGACAUUGGACUGUGGAAGUCAGCAACUUCCGAAUCAUGAUCAAGCCGAGUAUAGCAGUACACCCCCGUGCCAAAAUCUCUACCCUCGAGGAGGUUCUCGACCUGAUCGACUGCUACGGUGACAAUAAAGUGGAGAUCAAUCUUGAAACAAAGAUUGACCCCGAGCACGCCAAUGAAACCCUCCCCAUCGAGGUCUAUAUCAACAACCUUGUACCAAUCCUCCAGAGACGUGGAUAUGCCGACAGAACCUACAUCCAAUCGUUCGAUUGGCGCACACUCAUUGGGAUCAAGAAGAAGUUCCCAGAGACCAGAAUCGUUGCCCUCCUAGAUGAUACCACCGUGAUUGCUUCCGGAAACCUAGGAUUCCCCUGGCUAGGCGGAAUUGACCUCCAGAAAGACUUUGCCGGCGAUUGGGUCAAGGCAGCACAUUCCAUCAAUGCCACUGCCCUUUCUCCCGUACAUGGAACCCCUUCGUCUGCAUCUGUCAACACACCUGGAUAUACCCCCUUCACAACCGCUGCAGUUGUCAGCCGGGCUCAUGAGCUUGGUAUGGCGGUUAUUCCAUGGACGGUUGAUGACGAGGUUACAAUCGAGAAGCUGUUCAGGCGAGCAAUCCAUGCCCUUUGA